AUGUCCAAUAUCAAUUCCAACGCUCGAAAGGCAGUCAAUGAAGCUAUCGUCAAUUCUGAUCAAUCUGAUAUUGCAUGUAUGGUUGAUGCCGCACGAUCCUCUGUCCGAAAGCGCGAGCUUGCUAGAGCCGAACGAGAAAAGCGUGAAGCUGAAGAAAAACGGUUACGAGAGGAAGCAGACGCUGCUGUACUAGAAAAAGAAGCACUGAAACUCUGUUAA